CCAUUCGUCCGCCUCCUGUCAAUUGUCAAUCAAUCUUCAAAAUGGCAGUCGCCUAGUACUUCGUCGCACGCUAGAUAACGUGUUUUUUCAUAAACCCUCUGAACCUCGUUCUAGUAAAUGGUCAUUUCGCCGCUCCCGCUUGGCCGCAACCGCCCCCAGAACCGCGUAUAACAGAUCAACCAUGUCGCUUUGGGCAAAAGCUCAGCAGUUGCCCCCCGACAGCCUGCAGCAAAUCCGGUCCAUCUACGGCGACCACUUCCCCAUAGAAGUGCGGCACUACUUGGCCCAGUACAUCGAGGAGAAGUUCUGGUCGGAGAUCGAGCCCGUGCCCGAGAACCCCCAGCAUGAGCAGUACGUGGCGGGGCUCGUCAGCGCGCUCAUCCAGGAGGUGGAGAACAAGGCGGCGGUGGUCAACGAUCCCGAAUGCUUCCUGAUCAAGCUGAAGCUGGCGGAAGCCGCCAAAAUGUUCAGACAGAGAUACAGCGCCAACCCGAUGCAGCUGUUUUCGUACGUCCGGCAGUGUUUGGCUACGGAGAUGCGACUGGUGCAGGCCGCCAACGGGGAGGCGUUGUCGGGGCUGUCUAAUUUGAUGAUCUCCAACUCGGGGACGGAGGUGUUGCACAAGAUUGAUAUCUUGCGGCGACGGACGCAGGAUACUGCCGAUGAUUUGAGGCGGAUGGAGCAGGAGCAAGAGGCGUUUGCUUUGCAGUAUCAUGAGUGCACAAAAAUUAACGCGCACAUACAACAGUUGUCUAAUCAACAACCAGCAAACGCGCAAGCGACGGCCACUGUACAAAAAUUGACGCGUCAGAAGGAGAUGCUUGAACAAGUCUUAAACCAAAAGGUGGCCGGCCUCAUGCAACUCCGCCUCGCCAUCGUCGACAAAUUCAAAGAGACCAUUCAGCUGCUCAACCAGCUCCAGUCGAGCAUCCUCGACGAAGAGCUCAUCCGCUGGAAGCGCGAGCAGCAGCUCGCCGGCAACGGCGCCAACUUCAACAGCAACCUCGACACGAUCCAAGACUGGUGCGAGAGCCUCGCCGAGCUGAUCUGGCUGAACCGGCAGCAGGUCAAGGAGGUCGACCGACUGCGACAGAAGCUCUCGCUCGAUCCCCCCGGCGUCGCCGACCUGCUUCCCCAAGUCCUUGCCGACGUCACCCAGCUCCUCUCGUCGCUCGUCACCUCGACGUUCAUCAUCGAGAAGCAGCCGCCGCAGGUGAUGAAGACGAACACGCGCUUCACGGCGACGGUGCGCCUGCUCGUCGGCGGCAAGCUGAACGUGCACAUGUCGCCGCCGCAGGUCAAGGUCACGAUCAUCUCCGAGUCGCAGGCGAAUAUGCUGCUCAAGAACGACAAGCUGGCCAAGAGCGGGGAGUGCAGCGGCGAGAUCCUGAACAACACGGGCACGAUGGAGUACCAGCAGGCCACGAGACAGUUGUCGGUGAGCUUCAGGAACAUGCAGUUGAAGAAGAUCAAGCGGGCGGAGAAGAAGGGGACGGAGAGCGUGAUGGACGAGAAGUUCUCGCUGCUGUUCCAGUCGCAGUUCAGCGUCGGGGGCGGCGAGCUGAUGUUCCAGGUUUGGACGCUGAGUCUUCCCGUUGUGGUGAUCGUGCACGGGAACCAGGAGCCGCACGCGUGGGCGACGGUCACGUGGGAUAACGCGUUCAGCGACGCGGGGAGGAUACCGUUCUCGGUUCCGGAUAAGGUUUCGUGGACGACCGUGGCCGAAACAUUAUCCCUGAAAUUCCGGGCGGCGACGGGCCGCUCCCUCACCGACGAAAACCUGCGAUUUUUAGCCGAUAAAGCCUUCCGCGGCAAUUACACCGAAGGAAGCAACCAGAUGCUGAGCUGGGCCCAGUUCUGCAAAGAGCCUCUAAGCGAAAGGAACUUCACGUUCUGGGAGUGGUUCUACGCGAUCAUGAAGCUGACGAGAGAGCACUUACGCGGCCCUUGGGUCGACGGGGCCAUCCUCGGUUUCGUGAAGAAGAAACAAGCCGAAGAAAUGCUGGCGUCGUGUCCGUGCGGCACGUUCUUGCUGAGGUUCUCGGACAGCGAACUAGGGGGCAUCACGAUCGCGUGGAUUUCAGACACGGGGGAGGUGUUCAGCUUGCAGCCUUUCACGUCGAAGGACUUCGCUAUACGAUCGCUGGCGGAUAGAGUAGCUGAUUUGAACCAUCUAGUUUAUUUGUACCCAGAUAUCUCCAAGGAUAUACCGUUUGGGAAAUAUUACACUCCGUUCCAAGACAACCAGCCCUCGACCAACAACGGCUACGUCAAGCCGGUUCUGGUGACCCACGUUCCGGGCUUGAGCGGUGCGAGCUACCCCAACACCCCCCAACAUUCGUACCUCCAAUCGCCCGACCCCUCCAGAGACACGCCGUCAGUCGCUAGCAGUUAUGCCGGCUCAGUUGCUACCACAACGACGACUGGAGGGCCGGCGAUGGACUAUCUGGACCAGCUGGACGAAUGUAACAUCGAUUUUAAUGGUCUGGUCAACUUCAACGAGCUUAUGCAGGGGUACAAACAGUAAGAGGUACGUGGGAGGUUUGUGGCUUUGGGGAGAGAGGCUGUUGAUUUGAUUGGUAGAUGAGGCGUACCAAUAGAAACGUGAAUUAACAGUGGCAAGCUUUUUAACACUACUUUUUAAGAUAUUUUAUUUGUUAUGACCUCUAAUAUUACGUUUAACUAUGUCUAAGUAUGUUGUGUCGUUAAGUACAAAAUUGUAAUAGGCGUGCAAUAAAGAAAGAUUUUAUUGUACUUUAAUAAGUUUUGUAUUAUACGUUUGUGGUGCUCGAUAAUUUUAGCUUCGUAGGGUAGUCGAGCUGUACAUUUUUUUAUUAUUUUAUUUUUUAUCGUGAACGGCUGAGUUGCUACUUUGAAAACCGAGAGGAUAUAUUUUUAGAUACCUAUAUAGUCUUGUUGCACUUUGAGAGUAAUCUAUAGACAAUCCACCAUUAUAUUAAAGUUAGAUCUAGUUACGAACAAAAUUCUAUAAAAAGACUAUAACUUGUGCCAUGCAAUCCAUUGUGGUGUAGUUGAAGUUUAAACCACCCGACACUUGAAUUUAGAUGUGUUGAUUAUUGUUCACCAACACUUGUGCCUCUAGCUGAUUGUUGUGAUAAACACCUUGAUCAAAUAGGAAGGGCCUAGUAGAUUACUACAACUUGCUCCACGUAGUAGGAGUGCUGCGGUUACAAAAAUUAUUCCGACCCGCACCCCCUAUUUUUUUAUUCAGAUUUUUACCGAGAGCACGAGCUUCUAAGGAAUUGUUUUUGUAAUGGGGCGCAUCUAUUCAACUGUUGCAUUUUAAAUGUAUAUUUGCAAUAUUGUUAGAAAUCCUUGCUGAUGUUCUAGUAUAGUUGUUUAUGGUUUCUUUUAAAUAAAAUCUAAUUAUAUGAGA